UGAGGCGUUCAGGGUUGUCCAGGGACGCUACCCUCACGUGUCUCGUUCCGAGUGCUGCGUUCGGCUGUGCUGGGAAGUUGCGUAGACAGUGGCCUCGAGACCCUGCCUGCCUGAGGAGGCCUCGGUUGGACGCGAAGGAGCUGCAGCAUCCAGGGGACAAGAUGCCAACUGGCAAGCAGCUAGCUGACAUUGGCUAUAAGACCUUCUCUACCUCCAUGAUGCUUCUCACUGUGUAUGGGGGGUACCUCUGCAGUGUCCGAGUCUACCACUAUUUCCAGUGGCGCAGGGCCCAGCGCCAGGCCGCAGAAGAACAGAAGACCUCAGGAAUCAUGUAGAACUGGGGGGCUUUUUCUCCUGAGCAGAGAGGCCCAAGGCAUGCUGUGGAGAGACUUCACCUGCCACCAUUUCCAGCUCAACAGGACUAGAGCGUUGAUGGUUUUCAAACCCUGUUGGAAGAAAGUGCCCAUGGUUUCUCUGGUUCUGCCAGUCUGUGCCAGUUUGACAGUUUAUGGAGGCUUUUGAAUCGUAAUAGCAAUGUGAGGGUGGGGUACACCUACAGACAUUAAAUAAUUUGCUGUGUC